AUGACUUCUCCAAAGAUUCAAAAAGAAAUUGUGAGUGCAUGUAAAAUAGAGACCGUUAAAGUUAUUCUUGAUGAAUUAAAUGGUGAUUACUUUGCCUUGCUCGUUGAUGAAUCCUUUGAUGUGUCACGCAAGGAGCAAAUGGCUAUUGUAUUUCGAUAUAUUGAUAGAAAGGGAUUUGUGAUGGAGCGACUUAUUGACAUUGUUCAUGUUCAAGAUACUAGUGCUCCAUCUCUAAAGGAGGCAAUUGUUAAUUUACUCGCUCAACAUUCUUUGAGUCCAUCAAGUGUGCGUGGACAAUGUUAUGAUGGGGCAAGCAAUAUGCAAGGUGAGAUCAAUGGCCUUAAAAUGUUGAUUAGGCAAGAAAGUAGAUCGGCUCAUUCCAUCCAUUGUUUUGCUCAUCAACUUCAACUAACUCUUGUUGGGGUCUCUAAAAAGUGUGUUGAAGUGGGAAAACUUGUAGUAUUGGUCUCAAAUAUUUUAAAUGUAUUGGGAUCAUCUUUUAAACAUAUGGAUGAAUUACGUGAUUCUCAAAAAGAAAUAAUUAAAGAGGCAUUAGAUAUGGGUGAACUUACAACCGGUAGGGGCUUGAAUCAACAACUUGGUCUUUCAAGAGCUUGUGACACUCGUUGGGGAUCUCAUUAUAAAUCCUUUAAUAAUUUUAUUAUUAUGUUUGGCUCUAUUCUUGAUGUUCUUGAAUCACUUGCUCUUGAUGCACGAACUUUGGAUGAAAGAGCUAAGGCAAUGGGACAUCUCGAAGCUUGUCGAACAUAUGAGGUUGCUUUCAUGUUGCAUUUGAUGAGAGAUGUUUUAGGAAUUACAAAUGAGCUUAAUAAAUGCUUACAAAAAAAGGAGCAAGAUAUUGCAAAUGCCAUGCUACUUGUUGAAGUAGCAAAGAGAAGCUCUUUAAGAUCACGACGAAAGCUUGCUAACUAUACAAUCUCACAUCAUUAUCGUGUUGAAGUGUUUUGCAAUAUUAUUGAUUGGCAACUUCAAGAACUUAAUAAUCGUUUUGAUGAGGUGACUACCGAUUUGCUCCAUGGAAUUGCUUGCUUGAAUCCAAUUAACUCAUUUUCAAGUUUUGACAUCAAAAAAGUAAUGAGAAUGGCGGAAUUAUAUCCAGAUGACUUUGAUGAAUCUAAUAUGAAUGCUCUUAGGAAUCAACUUGCAAGUUAUAUUGUUGAUGUUCGUGAUGUUGAUGAAAGGUUCUCCGAUAUAAAUGGGCUUUGUGAUCUUUCCAAAAGAUUAGUUCAGACAAAGAAAUAUUUUACUUAUCCUUUGGUAUUCCGUUUAGUGAAACUUGCUCUACUUCUACCAGUUGUCACUGCCUCCGUUGAAAGAGCUUUUUCGGCAAUGAAGUUUAUUAAGAAUGACUUGCGGAGCCAAAUGAGUGAUGAUUUUUUUAGUGGUUGUUUGGUGCCUUAUUUAGAAAAAGAUGUAUUUGAUAGUAUUUCUAAUGAUGCUAUUAUUAAGACAUUUCAAGAUAUGAAACCUCGUAGAAUACAAUUGUAA